AGGUCCACUGAAACUAUAAUCUGCUUCUUUUAAAAUGCAAAGUGAACAAUGGAGAAACCAUUUGUGAAUUUAAGGGUUUGGUGCGCCACCCAAGAGCAACUUUAUGACCUCCACCCCCCCUCCGGUGGCGUCACGCAGGAGGAGGGAUGGCACUUUAAAUAUGGAAAAAGACACGCUGCGCUCACACUGAGAGUCUCCACACGCUUCCAGCGGGACACAUAACACGAGUCUCUUCUCCCAAGAUGUUACCUGGGCACAACCUGAAGGAGUCUAGCACGAUAUGAGGAUUGUGUGUCUUUUUUUUUUUUAAGUUUGUUUUGUAGAGCCGAAGAAAUCAUUCCAGCGAGAUAGCUCCAGCUCAUCGACUACUUACUUCUUACUUUUUUAUCCACUUGAAAAGCGCGACAUCCAGAGUAGGAGAAGAUUUUUCCCAACACAGACUAAAAGAGACACUGAGUCUACUGAACAUCAGACUGAUCAACUUUAAAAGCGAAGCUUGCCACCAUGAGUUCCGAAAAGACCAAGAUGGAAGAUGAAGCAGUCUUGGACAGAGGAGCGUCCUUUGUCAAGCAUGUCUGUGAUGAAGAGGAAGUAGAAGGUCACCACACUGUAUACAUUGGUGUGCAUGUUCCCAAGAGCUACCACCGGAGGAGACGCCACAGACGCAAGUCGAGCCACAAGGAGAAGCGGGAACGACCCGAACAGAGUACGGAAGGAUACAAGUCGGAUGGGGAGAACGCAGAUGAAUCCACUGCAAAUGUCCUCAAACCUCUCAUUUCUCCAGCAGAAAGGAUCAGGUUUAUCCUGGGAGAGGAGGACGAUGGCCCCCCACCUCCUCAGCUUUUCACCGAGCUGGACGAGCUGCUGGCUGUGGACGGGCAGGAGAUGGAGUGGAAGGAGACUGCCAGAUGGAUCAAGUUUGAGGAAAAAGUGGAGAAAGGCGGCGAGCGCUGGAGUAAGCCUCACGUGGCCACGCUGUCCUUACAUAGCUUGAUGGAGCUCAAAACGUGCAUCGAGAAGGGCACAAUCAUGCUGGACCUGGAGGCCUCCACAUUGCCACAGGUUGUCGAGAUGAUCACCGACAGCCAGAUUGAGACUGGUCAGUUGAAGGCAGAGCUGAAGGAGAAGGUCAUGUACACGCUGCUACGGAAGCAUCGCCACCAGACCAAGAAGUCCAACUUGCGCUCCCUUGCAGACAUUGGCAAGAGUGUUUCCAGUGCAAGUAGGCUGUUUUCCAACCAGGAAAAUGGUAGCCCAACUACUGCCCAUCGAAACCUCACCUCCAACAGCCUGAGCGACUUCUCUGACAAACCAGAGAAGGAUCAGCUGAAGAAUAAGUUCAUGAAAAAAUUGCCCCGAGAUGCUGAGGCAUCAAACGUGCUGGUUGGAGAGGUAGAUUUCCUGGAAACUCCCUUUGUGGCGUUUGUUCGUCUGCAGCACGCCGUCAUGCUUGGGGCUCUCACCGAGGUCCCCGUGCCCACAAGAUUUCUCUUUGUGCUGCUGGGCCCCAAAGGUAAAGCAAAGUCCUACCAUGAGAUUGGAAGAGCCAUUGCCACCCUGAUGUCAGAUGAGGUAUUCCAUGAUAUCGCCUAUAAAGCGAAGGACAGGCAGGACCUGCUGGCUGGUAUUGAGGAGUUUCUGGAUGAGGUCAUCGUCUUGCCUCCUGGCGAGUGGGACCCUGACAUCAGGAUAGAGCCACCCAAGUCUCUGCCCUCCUCGGACAAGAGGAAGAACAUGUACGCUGGAUUAGACCCACCUCAGAUGAAUGGCGACACUCCUCAUGAUGCAGGACAUGGAGGGGGAGGAGGACACCAGGUUGGAGAGGAGCUUCAGUGCACCAGAAAGUUUUGUGGAGGUCUUAUCCUGGAUAUCAAGCGGAAGCUGCCAUUUUUUGCCAGUGACUUCUAUGACGCACUAAAUAUCCAGUCUCUGUCAACCAUCUUGUUCAUCUACCUGGGCACGGUCACCAAUGCAAUCACAUUUGGAGGCUUACUUGGAGAUGCCACAGAAAACAUGCAGGGAGUGUUGGAAAGUUUCCUGGGUACGGCACUGACAGGAGCUGUGUUCUGUUUGCUGGCUGGUCAGCCUCUGACUAUUCUCAGCAGCACAGGUCCAGUACUUGUCUUUGAAAGACUCCUCUUCAACUUCAGCCGAGACAACGGCUUCAACUACCUUGAGUUCCGGCUGUGGAUCGGCCUGUGGUCGGGUCUAUUCUGUCUGGUGCUGGUCGCCACAGAUGCCAGCUUCCUGGUGCAGUACUUCACACGCUUCACUGAGGAAGGCUUCUCUGCGCUUAUCAGCUUCAUCUUCAUUUAUGACGCUUUCAAAAAGAUGAUAAAGCUGGCGCACCACAACCCAAUUAACUCCGAAUAUGAUCCAGACUUCAUCACUCAGUACGACUGCCACUGCAUACCUGGCAACUCAUCAGAACUCAAUGAUUUCUCUGCCUGGACAAACAGUACUGAUCUGCCAGUAAAUGCCACCUGGGCGUCCCUGAGCAUUCAGCAGUGUAAGACGUACGGAGGGCAGCUGGUCGGAGAGGCCUGUGGCUACGUGCCUGACAUCACCCUGAUGUCCUUCAUCCUGUUCUUUGGGACCUACACCUGCUCCAUGGCUCUGAAGAAGUUCAAGACAAGCCGCUUCUUUCCCACCAAAGUGAGGAAGCUCAUCAGCGACUUUGCGAUCAUCUUGACCAUUCUUCUCUUCUGCGGCGUGGAUGCCUUUGUCGGUGUGGGCACUCCAAAGCUCAUAGUGCCAAGUGAAUUCAAGCCCACACAUCCACAGAGGGGCUGGUUUAUUCCUCCUUUUGGAGGGAACCCUUGGUGGGUGUACCUUGCAGCCGCACUUCCCGCUCUGCUGGUCACCAUUCUCAUAUUUAUGGAUCAGCAGAUCACUGCUGUGAUUGUCAACAGGAAAGAGCACAAACUCAAGAAAGGGGCAGGGUAUCACUUGGACCUGUUCUGGGUGGCCAUCCUGAUGAUUAUCUGCUCUUUCAUGGGCCUGCCUUGGUAUGUGGCUGCCACUGUCAUCUCGAUUGCCCACAUUGAUUCUCUGAAAAUGGAGACCGAGACUUCGGCCCCCGGGGAACAGCCCAAAUUUCUGGGUGUCAGGGAGCAAAGAGUCACCGGUAUCUUUGUGUUCAUCCUGACGGGACUCUCUGUGUUCAUGGCCCCUAUCCUCAAGUUCAUUCCCAUGCCUGUGCUAUAUGGUGUGUUCCUCUACAUGGGUGUGGCGUCACUCAAUGGUGUCCAGUUCAUGGACCGCCUGCAGCUGCUCCUGAUGCCAGCCAAGCACCAGCCGGACCUCAUCUACCUGCGGCACGUCCCCCAGAGACGCAUCCACCUUUUCACCUUCAUCCAGGGCCUGUGUUUGGCCCUCCUCUGGAUCCUCAAAUCUACAGUGGCUGCCAUCAUCUUCCCUGUCAUGAUAUUGGCGUUGGUUGCGGUCCGAAAGGCCAUGGACUACUUGUUCUCCCAACAUGACCUCAGCUACCUGGACGACGUCAUCCCAGAGAAGGACAAAAAGAAGAAAGAGGAUGAGAAGAAAAAGAAAAACAAGAAGAAGGGAAGCAUUGACAGUGAAAUAGAGUUUUCUGACUAUCCCUACCAUGAAAAGAUCCCCAGUAUAAAAAUCUCUAUGGAUAUGAUGGAGCAGGAGCCCAUGUUGGGGGAUAAAUCUUUGGAUAGAGAUCAAUCCCAGACUCUCCUUAACACGCAUUCGCCGUGCUGAGCGCUACUUUGACUCUCCCACAGUGGCUGAUCUUGACAGAGGUUCAUAUAAAGGCAUGCCUCAGAUUCGAAUAGACCGAGACUUUGAGGACAAUGGUUUCUUCUGGAAGAAGGGCUCUGAAACUGAUCUGUGAAUGAAUUAUCCAAAGAUACAGCAGAACCAGCACAACAUAAACAUAAUUUUCUACUGUAGUACCACUUCAUAACGGUAUUUUUAAUAUUCCUCAUGUGAGGAUUUCAAUCAAAAUGGCUGGAAAUAUUUGUCUUAAAAUUUAAAACGCUUUGGCGGUACUGAAUUUUAAUGAGGGGGUGACAAGAUCUGUUUGAUCAUUCUUCAUCUGCAUGACUGCUUGUAUAAAAAAAGGGCUACAAAAGGUCAUCUGUAUGCAGUUUUUACGAGACAUUAAUGUCUUAUUAAUGCAUAUGCUAAUAAUUUACCAAGCGUCCAAGUAAAGACGUCCAGGAUGGGUUUGUACAGUAGAUUGCAGAUAAUUUUCAUACCAACCAGACCAAUUUUUAUUUCACUCUGUACAUAUUAGGAGGAGUUCCUCGCAGUUUUUAUAUAUUAUUCCAAAGAACACCAAACAUAACCAGCCCUCUCAUCUGAUAGUACUGUUUUUAUAGUCUUAAGUUUAAAACAUAGUGGAGGUACUGCAUGUUCAGGGGACACACAUGAAAAAUCCUCCUUUUUCUUGUAGUGAACAAAAGGUCAUCUAUGCACAGUCAUGAGCGGACAUUCAUUUUGUAUUCAUGGGCAUAUUCAUUAUUUAUCAAGCAUCCAUCUAAGGCUGCAUAUUCAUAAAAUACAUCCAGAAGAUAAUGUAAGAAUACCAUGUUUGUUUCAGUUUUGUAAGAAGUAAAUGGUUCAGCACCAUACAAACUGGAACAAUCUUAUUUUUAUGUUUUCUUAUCCUCCUUUUCUUCCAUUUUUCCCUAUAUUUAUUAUAUUUAAAGUCUUGGCAAAAUAAUUUGCCAUUUGAAUCUUGAGUAUGGCUUUUACCACUUAACUUCCCAAUUUGUGCAAAUUUGAAGAUAUUCUUUCUCAGUGGUCUGUAUCCACUCAGCUGUCUUUUCCCUGUUUUAGGGAGAUAUAGAUGUAUUAUAUCUGUAUGUAGCUCUACCUCUUAUUUCUCUGUAGGUGCCAGGCAUUAUAUAUAUUAAAAACAUCUGUUGUGCAAUUAUUUGUGUUCAAACACUGAUUUUUUUCUUCAACUGGCACUGCAUA